GUGGCGGCGGCGGCGGCGGCGGGCGCGGGGCUGGGGCCGCGCCCGGAUCCGCGAGGAGCGCGAGCGCGCAGCGGAGCCGCCGCCGGGACAUGGCCCAGGCGGGCGGCGCAGGUGGCCCUUCCCUGGGCGGCGGUGCCCCCUGGCACCUUCGGAAUGUCCUUGGAGACUCAGUGGAGAGCUCGGAUGAUGAAUUCUUCGAUGCUAGAGAGGAGAUGGCGGAAGGAAAGAAUGCCAUCCUCAUCGGGAUGAGCCAGUGGAAUUCAAACGACCUGGUGGAACAGAUUGAGACCAUGGGGAAGCUCGAUGAGCCUCCAGGAGAAGGGGCCACACCGUGCACAUCGAGCAUCCUCCAGGAGAAGCAGCGAGAACUGUACCGGGUAUCCUUGAGAAGACAGAGAUUCCCAGCCCAGGGAAGCAUCGAGAUCCAUGAAGACAGUGAGGAAGGCUGCUCUCAGCGCUCCUGUAAGACUCACGUGCUCCUGCUGGUGCUGCACGGUGGCAACAUCCUGGACACAGGCUCAGGGGACCCUGCCUGCAAGGCAGCUGACAUCCACACCUUCAGCUCCGUCCUGGAGAAGGUCAUGCGUGCCCACUUCCCUGCUGCCCUGGGCCACAUCCUUAUCAAGUUCAUUCCCUGUCCCGCCAUCUGCUCCGAGGCUUUCUCACUGGUCUCUAACCUGAACCCUUACAGCCAUGACGAGGGCUGCCUCAGCAACAGCCAGGACCAUGUCCCGCUGGCUGCCCUGCCCCUGCUCGCCAUCUCCUCCCCGCAGUACCAGGAUGCCGUUGCCAUGGUCAUUGAGCGAGCUAACCAGGUCUACAGCGAGUUCCUCAGGUCCUCUGAUGGGAUUGGAUUCAGCGGGCAGGUGUGUCUGAUUGGAGACUGUGUGGGUGGCCUCCUGGCCUUUGAUGCCAUCUGCUACAGUGCAGGGCCCUCUGGUGACAGCCCGGGCAGCAGCAGCCGGAAGGGGAGCAUCAGCAGCACCCAGGACACCCCAGUGGUGGUGGAGGAAGACUGCAGCCUGGCCAGCAGCAAGCGACUCAGCAAAAGCAACAUUGACAUCUCCAGUGGGAUAGAGGAUGAGGAGCCCAGGAGGCCGUUGCCACGGAAACAGAGCGACUCUUCUACCUAUGACUGUGAGGCCAUCACCCAGCAUCAUGCCUUCCUCUCAAGCAUCCACUCCAGUGUGCUCAAGGACGAGGUCGAGCUCUCUGCGGCUGGGAGGCCCCAGCUCCCUGAGGUCAGCCUGGGCCGCUUUGACUUUGAUGUGUCCGACUUCUUCCUCUUCGGCUCACCCCUGGGCCUGGUCCUAGCCAUGAGGAGGACAGUGCUGCCUGGGCUGGACGGUUUCCAGAUGCGUCCUGCCUGCAGCCAGGUCUACAGCUUCUUCCACUGUGCAGAUCCCUCCGCUUCGCGACUGGAGCCUCUGCUGGAGCCCAGGUUCCACCUGGUGCCUCCCGUCAGCGUGCCCCGCUACCAGAGGUUCCCCCUGGGUGAUGGACAGUCUCUCCUCUUGGCUGAUGCCCUGCACACCCACAGCCCCCUGUUCGUGGAGGGCACCUCCCAGGGCAACCCCCCGCUUCUGGAUGCCCCCAGUUCCCUCCCUCAAGCCCCGAGGUUCCAGCCUGCCAGACGGAGGAUGAGUGAGGGCAGCUCCCACAGUGACAGCUCAGAGUCCUCGGACAGCCUGGCACCUGUGGGUGCCUCCCGCAUCACGGCCAGAUGGUGGGGGACCAAGCGCAUCGACUAUGCUCUCUACUGCCCUGACGUCCUCACUGCCUUCCCCACUGUGGCCCUGCCCCAUCUCUUCCAUGCCAGCUACUGGGAGUCUACUGACGUGGUUGCCUUCAUCUUGAGACAGGUGAUGAGAUACGAGAGUGUGAGCAUCAAGGAGAGCGCCGGCCUGGACCCCGCGGCGCUGAGCCCCAGCAACCCCCGAGAGAAAUGGCUUCGCAAGCGGACCCAGGUCAAACUGCGGAAUGUCACUGCUAAUCACCGGGCUAACGAUGUGAUUGCUGCCGAAGACGGCCCCCAGGUCCUAGUGGGACGCUUUAUGUAUGGGCCUCUUGACAUGGUGGCUCUGACUGGAGAGAAGGUGGACAUCCUGGUGAUGGCAGAGCCAUCCUCAGGCCGCUGGGUACACUUGGACACCGAGAUCACCAACAACAGCGGUCGGAUCACAUACAGUGUGCCGCGGCCCCGGCGCUUGGGGAUUGGUGUCUACCCUGUGAAGAUGCUGGUCAGGGGCGACCAGACCUGUGCAAUGAGCUACCUCACUGUGCUGCCCAGGGGCAUGGAAUGUGUUGUAUUCAGCAUUGAUGGGUCCUUUGCGGCCAGUGUGUCCAUCAUGGGCAGUGACCCCAAGGUCCGGCCAGGUGCGGUGGAUGUGGUGCGGCACUGGCAGGACCUGGGAUACAUGAUCCUUUACAUCACCGGGCGGCCGGACAUGCAGAAGCAGCGGGUGGUGUCGUGGCUGUCUCAGCACAACUUCCCACAGGGCAUGAUCUUCUUCUCUGAUGGGCUGGUGCACGACCCACUGCGGCAGAAGGCCAUCUUCCUCCGCAACCUCAUGCAGGAGUGCUUCAUCAAAAUCAGCGCUGCCUACGGCUCCACCAAGGACAUCUCCGUCUACAGCGUGCUGGGCCUGCCGGCCUCCCAGAUCUUCAUCGUGGGCCGGCCCACCAAGAAGUACCAAACCCAGUGCCAGUUCCUGAGCGAAGGCUACGCCGCACACCUGGCUGCGCUGCAGGCCAGCCACCGCUCGCGCCCCAAGAAGAACAACUCGCGCAUGAUCCUGCGCAAGGGCAGCUUCGGGCUGCAUGCGCAGCCCGAGUUCCUGCGCAAGCGCAACCACCUACGCCGGACCCUGUCUGUGCAGCAGCCAGACCCGCCGGCCAUCACCCCCAAGCCGGAGCGAGCCCAGAGCCAGCCCGAGUCCGACAAGGACCACGAGCGGCCGCUGCCCGCGCUCAGCUGGGUGCGCGGGCCCCCCAAAUUCGAGUCGGUGCCCUGAGGGGCGAGCGGUGUUCAGAGCAGAGGGGAUCAGGCUGCCUGCAGGGAUGGAGGGCCGCCUCUCCCCGCACAGGCGUUUUCCUGCUUUUUCCCUCCCGUGUCUGUCCAGCCGUGUCCGACCAGAGCGGGAAGGGACCCUCUGGCCGUGGGAGAGCUCCCGGGCUGCGACGGGGUGAAAUCCGGGGGCCUCAGAGCUGCUGCUGCCUCCCCACGCAGGGACGGUGAGCGCGCGUCAGGGCGGACGUUCGUGGCGUCCUGGGGACAGGCCUGCGGAGACUCCUGUCCCGGCAGUCAGCGUCCUUCUGAGUCCCUGGACUCCCGCGGUCAGGCCAGGCGCACUGUGUGUGGAGAGGGCCUCCCCUUGGGGACCGGCAGCCGCGGCAGGCGCUGCCUUGUGGAGGAGCCAGUGGCGUUUGUGCCCGCCCUCCUAGUGACGUCCCCAGUCACCACGUGGAGGCUGACUUGUGGCAAAGCGGUCACUUUCUGGAGUGAGAGGACGCCCCCUAGGUUCACCCUGUGUACCGGUGUCUGCCUACUGCCCGGGGGCUGGAUGAGUGCUGAGGUUUUGUCCGCCUGCAGCUGUCCUUUGCCCCUCACUGUUGUCCUCACCAUCUUCACCAUUUUCCGGUGGCCCUUGGGAACAGGUGUCCCUCUUCCAGGAUCCCUGCUUUGUGCUCUCACCCCUGAGGCUGCAGCUUUGGAUUCUGGCCCUGCUGGGCUGGCUGUGUGCCUCGGGUCUGUUGCUUACUCUCUCUGGACAUGGCCUUCCUUCCGUGAAUUGGAAGGGGCCCAACCCUCCAGCUGAGAUAGGUGCACUUUUUGGCUGGUAGGCUGCCCUGACCUUCUGAGCCUGAGAUUUGCAGGGUGCAGGUUAAUGUGCUUUUUUCGCACAGCCUCACUGAGGGGUUCUGCUCUGGAGGAAGCUCUUCUCUACAGAGAGCCGCAGCAGGGCUGCUUUGCACUGACGCCCGAAUGAGGUGUUCCAGGGAUAGACACCCCCCGGAGGGUACUGAUCUGGCCCACCCACCCCUGGCUCUCUCUGACCUAUUCCCUUGUUGCUUUCUGAAAAGCACGGAGUUGAGUUACCAGGGUCUGGGGGCGUCAUGGGAUUUUGGUCCAAACUGUAAUAUUUCUUCCCUUCCAGCGACCACUUAGCUUGGUUUGAGCUUCAGGGCUCCCCCAACGCUGGUGUCCCACGGAAGGAGGUAGGGCUUGGCUUUCCUGGGGCCACUUAAAGCCUGCCCUGGUCCUCCUGCUACUGAGCCCCUGGCCCAGGCAAGGGUGUCCCACAGCUGCCUGUGCUCCCUGGCGCAGUCUCAUACCUCUGGUGGGGCUGCCCAUAGUUGUCAGCCAGGCUGCCCCAGGGCCUGGACAUCUGUACAUGCAGCAGGCACCUGUGUCACUCAGUAUUGCUUCUGCUCAAUGUCUACCUCUUGCAGCUCCCCUGCAGCCAUGGCGGCUGCUCCUGGGGGUAGUUGGCACCGUUGUUGUGAAUCACCUUGGCAAUCUGGGAACCCUGCUGGGGCUGGAGGGGUCUGGGCUCUAAGCCCCCACCCCUACACUUUCUCCAGCCUGCCAGCUACUGCCACCUUUGCCCGACCCAUCUGCCAGCUCUUGUAAUCCACUUGCAGCACUGUACCCUGUGUCCCAGUCCUGUGAGGAUGGCAGGGAGCUGGGGGUUAGCCUUAGCCUUUUUCUGGUCCUGGCUCUGGCUCUUAGCUCUCUCUUUCUCUCAGCACCAGCUUAUAUGGCAUAGCAUUUUAUUCCUAACUCUUUCUGCUCCUUCCUCCAAAUUAUCUUGAUUUACACUUGGGCAGAGUUAUUUUUUGACAUCCCAUCAUUUCCUUUUGGCAGAAGUCCCUGAUGUGUUACUUUCAAAUGAUGGAAUAAUUAGUGUGGGAUCCUUUCCGUUGGUAGAUCCUCUCCUCCCUUUUUGAGAACUGAAGGCCGGGGAGCGGGGUGGCUGGAAGUGAGGGCACAGGCUUGUGACCUGGGGGCCCCAGGGACUUGAGAACAAGUGACCAGGGCUGUGUUUCUGGAGAUUAGAACUGAGACACAGGACCCAGCAGGAGGGCUACCACCGCUUCCUUGCUGGAACCCUGUAUGGGGACUUUGAGGAGUCUCACCCAAGCUGCUCGCAGUGUACAGGGACAGAUUGUGAACACAACUUCUGGAGCUGUGGUUGGUGUGUGUGUGAAUGCGUGUACUUUGCAGUUGUGUUUUGUGAUGAGACUGCGUAUGUCUCAGUAUUGCUUUUUCAGCAGCUGUGUCCCCAAUAUGCACUAGUGGUGUGUUCAGUUUUGUCCGUUAAGUCAGAGCCAAAAAGAACCGAGUCCUGUCUUUUGGAGCGGGUGCUGCUGCCUCUCCUCCAGUAGUUCUGUGACCCCCUAACCCAGCUGUCCUUAGACUCUGUCUAGUGCCCGCUGUCCCGUAGCUGGAAACAGAUCUCCCCUGACCAAAGCUCCCGUUUUUCAUGUGGCAUGUUUGUUUUUCCUUCCGGUGGCUCUGCUGGCUGGGGGCCUGCGGGCUGCCUACCUUCCUCUAUUACUUGCCCUCUUGGGGUUCAGGGUGCAUCUUUUGCCAGGGCCUGCUCUUCCAGCAUCAUGGUUUUCCCCCUAGAGAUCUUGACUUCUUCCUGAAGCAUGACAAACUAUUUAAAAAAGAGAAAGUCUGCUUUGUGCAUUUGGAUGGGUAAUCUUCCUGACUGGGUGCUGGCUACAGCAACCAUGUCUGGACUUCUAGUGUCACCAAGCUUAUGUGGGGUGGCUCUCUGAAGGAAGGGGGCAGGAUCUUAGGGUUUUGAAACUGUACUUUUUUCACUAUGAAGCCCAGAUAUGUGCCCCAGAAGUGUCCUGCAGACAAAACAUCCACCAGUCUGUGAAUGAAACUGAAUUCCUCCUGAGGCAGGUGGCCUGGGCCAGAGGGGGCACCAGUUUUGACCUGGUUCAGGUGCAGCCCUGCCUAGGACGGGAGUCCUGACUGGGAAAGGGCCUUGCAGUUGACCCCGCCUUAACAACCAACUUUCCAGCUGAAUCCCAGGAGAUGUGGGUGCCAGCUGCUCUGGAAACCUGUUUUCUUUAGCUCAGUCAAAACCCCCCAUGCAUCUUUUUCGGUUGGGGGAAUUUUCAACAUUUGAAUCAGGAUUGAUUCCAAGCAAUGAGGCCUGGCUGGAUCCUGCUCUUUUUCUUGAGAAACUAACGGGACGUGUGGCAGGAUAAUUAAGAGUUCGACUUCACUGACUUUGGGACACCCAGAGGCAGGUGACACCAAGGAGGGCCAGGCCAGAGAAGGGUGGCUCCGCAUGAGGACCCUGCUGUCAGAUCCCAUUGUCCCUUUCUGUUGGUUUACUCGAUGGUGGCAGCCAGUCUGACCUGGUCUGUGGGCUGGCUGAUCCUAAGUGUGUACCUUCAGUGUUAUCCGUGAUGGGUGGUUGUGUGCUGGAAAAGGGUUAUUAGGUUCCUGUGGCUGCCUUGUACAAAUCCGUUAGAAAAGGAUGUAUAAAACCCCAGAUUUAUAACACGACAAAAACAGCAUUAUGGAGUUAAAAGAUUUUUACAAUUGGUCUUGAUUUUGAUGUGAGCUGGUUUUUAACUCAAACAUUGUCACUUAAAUAAAAACCUUAUUUGCCUUUAAAA